GUCUCAACGGACACAGCACAACAGCAGCCCCUCCAAUCCACUGCAGAUGCCGAACCGCCGCCGCCCCUCGACGCCGGCGCCGGACCCCGCCCGCGACCCCGCAGCGAGGGAUCACGCGACCCGUCUCUACACGCCACCACCGGCCAGGAUCGCGCGUGGAGACGCCUCCGCCCCCAACAGAUCUAGCGGUCAGCUGCCGGAGCGAGCGUAGCCUACUCCUGUCUGCUCCCUCGACCCCCAUCGCUGGCUCUCCAAUAGGGCCGCCCCGAAUCCCAGCUCAAAUACCCCCUUUUUCUCCGAGACAAUAUCCGUGUGCAGCAGCUGCUUGAUUGAAUGCCCCUGAUGAAGCAAGCUCUUCCAGGAAUAGGGAUGCGUAGCUCUAACUGCCAGAAGAGUGCCCCCGACAGAAUCAGCGCCCUACCGGAUGAAUUGCUGCUUCAUGUCAUGUACGUCCUAACCCUGCAGGAGGCAGUGCAGACAAGCCUGCUUUCACGGAGGUGGAAGAAUCUCUGGGCAUCUUUGAUGUGGCUCAAUUUCGACGCGGCCAAGUUCAGCAGCAUGAGAACUUACAGAAAGUUUGUCGACAAUGCGCUCCAGUACCGAAGCUCUUUGCCGAUGCUGGUGCCACUGGUUGCAUUUUGGAUUUCUACUGUCUGCAACAACUCUGAUGAUUCCCUUGACUACUCUGACAUCCAGCCAUGGAUUCACCAUGCCCUUAAUAGCAAGGCCUGGGCUCUAGGCAUACUGAAGCAUUCCGGCCCCAAGCCCCUUUCUAUGGAGGGUUAUCCCUUUCCUUUCACCUCGGUGUACUUGAAAAUUUUAGGCCUUUCCCAUUGUUUUAUAGAUGACUGGUUCGUCCAGAAUCUCUCUUCCUGUUGCCCGGUGUUAGACGACCUAGACUUGAUGAGUUGUGCCAUCCAUGUCACCAUGUUCUCGUCAACCGCAUUGAAGAGUUUGGCCAUUACCAGCACACAAUAUAGAGUUUCAGUAGCUUGUGAUAGAUAUGCCAAACCUAGUCUCCCUGAGCCUAGAGGAGAUUCCGAGAAGAAUUAUUCACCUCAUGCAUGUGUCAUCAGUGAAAACAGCCUCAAUAUACCUGUUCUCACUCUCUUUUGGACACUCGCAGGUUCAGUGCAGUAUUCUCAGUGCUUUUUCAAAUGCCACCAGCUUGAUCUUCCAAGGUGUUUGACAUUCAGUAAACUGAAACAACUGCACCUUGGCGGGUGGUUUUUGAGUGGUGGGUGCUAUCCACUAAUAUACUUGCUUCGGCGCUCUCCUAACACAGAAAAACUUAUCCUGCAACUUGACACAAGUGGAGCUGAUGAUUGUGCGAGGCUUGCAAAGGCUUAUGCUGAAAUAUAUCCUACGUGCAAGGAAGCAGCAGCAACGUUUGGCUUUGGAAAGCUUAGAAAAAUCAGGAUCUACUGCCAUCUGCAGAGGGAUAAAAAAAGAGCUGCGAUCAUCAUGCUCGCCCUGUCAACCCAUAUUAGCCCUCUCCCUAGCAUUAAAGUCAAGCCCCUUCCAGUUUAGGAUGGGAUCUGGAUUUGGUGACCAGGUAGCUAUCUGACCAUGGAUUAGAGCUUCUGACACCUGGAAGACUUGUUCCUUCUCCCCCUGAUGACAGUAUCUAUGACUUAGCUAGUGUGACUGCCUGUGCCCAACUAAUGUCUCCGUUAGCGACUUAGUGUUUUUGUUUGCUGCUUUUAUCUUUCUGAUGGCCUUUUUUGGCGCAAAACUGGACUUCGCCAUUAUUUUGGGAAGCAUCUUGUAGUUGUCUGUCUGCCAAUUCAUGUCGCCAUUACUGGCGCGUUGGAGCUAUGAUGUCCGUGAAAAUCAUGUGCUUGUAUCCGGUGGUUGUUCAGUUAUGGUGU